ACCGUUUCUUUCUUUAUUAUCAUUGUUUAAACAUUACUUUUGUCGUGAAAUUUAAUGAUUACACAUAUACUUCGACAAAGUAAAGCAAUAACCAGCACACUUCACCCAAGAAUUGCAUCUCGAACAAGAGUGCCUUUUCGUCAAUUACGGGAUUUAUCUGGCUUCCAUAAACCUCCCCCACUUUUGCAUCAUGGCGGUCGUGUCCGUACCUACCACGCCGCACCUCUUGUUUUGCAAACGCAAGUCAGAUCUAUCGGUAUAUGGACCAUUCCAAGAAUUGUCUUGAGAUCUGUUCGUGUCCCUGCCAUUAUUGCCACCACCGCAGUUACAGGCACAACCCUUGCCACAAACAAAUUACAAGAUAUUGUCGACAAAAGUAAUGGUUUCAUGAAAGACGGGAAGGAAAGCGUAGAAUCUUUUUUCACAAGAGCACAGGCAGCAGUAGAAGGCAUAGAUAUUUCGAUACCUGAAAUGCGUCACAGGUUCCCCGAGUCCGUUCGGAAUUUGUUAACGAAAAAAGUCGUAGAGGAACCAAAGGCAGUGAAUCACAAAAUUGCAGAAGCACCCAAAGAGCAAAGUAAUGGUGGUAGCGGAAGCGGUAAAGGUGACGGCGAAGGAGACGAAGCUGCUGCCGCUGCCGCCGCUGCUAUGGUUGCCGGUGCUGCUGUGUAUCUCAACGAGGAAGAAGAGGAAGAAGAAGAUGAAGAUGAAGAGGAAAUAGAGAGAAAGGAAAGAGAAAAGAGAAAUAAAAAGAAGAAGAAGAACGAAUAUGGAAUUUCAGCACAGGAUGAGCAGUUGAUGAUGUUGACCAAAAAGUUAAUCGAAAUCCGUAGCAUAUUAAUGUCAAUUGACCACAAUGAAACAUUAAGGUUGCCUAGUAUUGUAGUCAUUGGAUCCCAAAGUUCGGGUAAAAGCUCAGUGUUGGAGGCAAUUGUAGGUCACGAAUUUCUUCCUAAAGGGAGCAACAUGGUUACACGAAGACCUAUUGAGUUAACAUUAAUCCACACCCCAAACAAUGACGAAGAAUACGGUGAAUUCCCUCAACUUGGACUCGGGAAAAUCUUUGAUUUCAAAAAAGUUCAAAAGACACUGAUCGAUAUGAAUUUGGCAGUUUCCGAAUCAGAGUGUGUGUCUGACAAGCCUAUCGAACUGCGCAUUUAUUCACCUAAUGUGCCCGACUUGACCUUGAUUGAUUUACCGGGAUAUAUUCAAAUAUCCAACCGCAACCAACCUGAAUCAUUAAAGAACAAAAUUGAAGAUUUAUGCGAAAAGUAUAUCCGUGGACCCAAUAUUAUCUUAGCCGUUUGUAGUGCCAAUGUCGAUUUAGCGAAUUCUCCUGCCUUGAAGGCCAGCAGAAAAUGGGAUCCUCUUGGCUUGCGUACGAUUGGUGUUAUCACCAAAAUGGAUCUUGUUUCACCUCAACAAGGCGCUGCUAUUCUCCGUAACGCUGAUUACCCUCUUCACCUGGGAUAUAUCGGUGUAGUUUGUAAAGCACCUGAAAAUGCCUCGAAUGUGAAUAUGACCCAUGCUUUGAUCAAGAGCGAAGAAGCAUAUUUUAGAUCGCACAACAUAUUCAAUCAACGUGACAUUCAAGUAGGUACUUCCACACUUCGACAUAAACUCAUGAAUGUUUUGGAACAAAGUAUGGGAAGAUCAUUAUAUAGCAUUGUAGAUGCUGUACAACGUGAAUUAGAAGAGGCAAGAUACCAAUUUAAGGUUCAAUACAACGACAGAAGAGUUACAGCAGAGUCUUAUGUGGCAGAAACGAUGGAUUGUUUAAAACAUGAUUUUAAGGAUUUUGCCAACAAUUUUGGAAAGCCUCAAGUACGUCAUGAAGUCAGAACCAUGUUAGAGCAAAAGGUACUUGACAUUUGUGCCGAGCAAUAUUGGUGCGAUGAGAAAAUUGCAGAGCUACCCAAGGCUGCACCCGAAGAUAUAUAUUGGCUUUACAAGGUCGAUUUUGCUUCAGCCGCCUUGACUAAGAGUGGCAUUGGUAGAUCCACUACCCAGCUUGUUGUGGAUGUUCUCAUGAGUAAUAUGGAAAGACUGGCCAACGCCGACUCUUUCAGUUACCAUCCUGAUACAAGACAACAAAUUAUGAACUUUACCAGUGAAAUUUUGAGAACCAAAUUUUUGGCUACCAGCGACCAAGUUGAAAAUACCAUCAAGCCAUACAAAUUCGAGGUCGAAAUCAAUGAUACCGAAUGGAAUGAAGGUGUAAAACGGUCGAUUAAUUUAUUAGAAAAGGAGCUCGAAAUGUGUGAUGAAAUGGGAGCUUCGAUUAAGAAUUCUGUUGGCAAGAAAAAGUUGAAAAGCGCCAUUAAUUACCUCCUGGAUUCCCAGAGAGAAGAAGCUCGUCGUCAAGAAAAGACCCGAAACUCUGAAUUCAACAACACCAAUGGGCAAUUGGGCCAUCAUGAUGACGAAGAAGAGGAGGAGGUUGUAAAGUCCUUUUACAAUCCCAAAUUAUUAGAGAAGGCAAAGGAUGCAAUCUAUUUGAGAGAUCGCGCCAUGAUUCUCAAGUACAGAAUCGCAGCUUUAAAAAGUAGACAAUGUAAAUCUUCUGAAAACAAACAGUAUUGCCCUGAGGCAUUUUUGAAUGUUAUUGCCGAAAAAUUGACGUAUACGGCUGUCAUGUUCAUCCAGGUCGAGUUAUUAAAUGAAUUCUUCUUUCAAUUCCCCCGUGAAGUUGAUAAUCGUUUAGUGUACGAGAUGGAUCGUAAACAAAUUCAACAAUUUGCUAGAGAAAACCCCCCUAUUCAAAAGCAUCUUGAGUUACAGGAACGUAAAACUAAAUUGGAAGAAGUGAUGGACAAGUUGAAUUAUCUUGUUAAAAGACAAGCUGAUAGACAAUCAUCAUCUUCUGCAAAUGGAAAAUCCUUCUAGAUAAUAACAAUCGAAAGAACAAAAAAAAAAAAAAAUUACUUCUUAAAAUAGUUUUACAUGUAAUAAUAAAUACCCCAUUCUCGUCAACCAA